AACCAUACACUGAACGCUGAGUUAACGUUGUGUGCACUUGGCGUAAUAAUCUCUCUCUCUCUCUCUCUGGCUAUAUAAAUAAUCGAGUGGAGUGAUUGUCAGUGGUUUCGCAAGUGCGGCUGGCAGCAAGAAUGGCCGGCGAAUACGGCUUCUCCUACUACAAGCGGCAAUUCCUCUGGGUUUCCAGCUCCAGCGACAAUAAGAGUGGUUUCUCCAGUGGACCUUUGAAACUCGCAACCUUUAAUGCUCAGCCGCGUAGUUUGCUCGAGCUCCGCAGCCAUUGGGCUUCUGAAGCAGCUCUGUCGAAGAAUCAUCUGAGAUUUGUCUGCACAUGGUUCAAGGACGGCAACGGCGAGUGUAAUACGAAAAACGAGUGGAACCUUGAUUGCGAACAAGAUUUCCAUAAAGCUCUUGAGCUUGUCAACUGUGGAGAAACUGUUAUGCUGACAGUUAUUACACAAAAAGACACAUUGGCUGACGAAGAGGUCGUAGGUGUAAAUACUAAAAACCUACCUCCGUGGUUUGCCGAUUACAUGAAGAAGUUCCGUUCAGAAAUGGUGGCUGAAAUAGGCCAGAUGAUUGAUGAAAAGCUGACCCUCCGCCAUGGCCGCCAUCACCACCACCACAACAAACAUGGUGACCAUGCCCGCCACGAGACUGGUCCACACGAGUUGCACAAGGGUGCACUUGGAAUGGUUGACAUCAAGUGCAUGAAGCUUGAGAAAAAGCUGCAGAAACUGCAGAGUCGAUCUCAGAAGAUGAGUCUGGAGUUGGACGAAGCUGCUGGACCAUCCACUUAUAAGCACAAGGGUGAAAGGAAGCUAGGAAAAAUGACCAGGAAAAUGGAGCAGCUGGAGGCUAGACGUAGCAAGAUCAUAGCCAAGAAGACUUUGAGGAUGCCAAUGGAGUCAAGGGAACAACUGGAUGCUUCUGCUCCUGUCUAUGAAGAGCCUAAAUACGAGAAUGUGCCACUCAGUCCUCCUGAAAGCAUCAGACCAUCAAGCAAAUAUGAUGCCAUCGUCUUGCUGGAGGGAGAGACCUCAAUCGUAAACAAACUGGAAGAAGGCAAUAUCUACUCAGCUUUGUGGGUUGUCAAGAAUGUUGGAGAGAUGGCAUGGAAUGAAAAGACUAUUUUGCGCCUUGCUCACGCUUCGACAGGCAUCACUGUGAAUGAGCAAACGAUUUCAGCUCCCGCUUUGCAACCUGGUUGCCAAACCUCGAUUUCAACCUUUUUCCAAGUUCCUCUCCAUCCUGGUCUGUUUGAGUGCUACUUCCACUUUUACCAAGAGGAUGAGCGCUUUGGCCAAGCGCUCCGUUGCUCCUUCACUGUCAAUCCGAUUCCAGGUGAGACGCAUACUGAGAUCACCCCUUUGUGUAGUAACACUCUAACACAACAUCCUUUCAUAAAAGAAAUUCGCGAAGCAGACAUGACUGGAUCCAUUACCAAGGAUAAGGAUCGGGAAGAAUAUGAAAGUGGCCACGACGAUGAUGAUGAGGAGGUUGAUGAUGAUGAUGACACUUCGUCUGAUUCGGAUGAUUCAGACAGUUUUGUGCACAUCCCUAUGCCACAAUGCUAUCAGUAUAAAUUUGAUGAAGGUCCUAAGGAAGUAGCAGAUGAAGGCGAAGCAUCUAAUGCGGUUUCACUGGAUACAUCAGUGAUUGCUAAUGAACUGCAGGCCCCUGGAAACCAACCUUGCAAAACUCCACCAACCACUCCUAAGAAUUCUGAGAGUGAUGCUGAUAUUGAUGGCGAACCUACCUCUGACACUACCCAGAUCAAGUACCCAGUCCUGGAUUUGAACGCACUUAACAGCGAUCUGCUUUUUCCUAACGUGACUCAGAGAGCCAACGAGAGGGAAAAAUCAUCAUCCCCAGUUCAGAUUUUGCCUGACAAUCUGGUGACGGGUGCUAUGAAUGUGGCUGCCAAGGCAUUUAGCAGUGCUGAGGCCAUCAUGCGCAGUUUGCAGAAUUCCGCCUCCUCAGCACAUUCAGUGGUUACUUCCGACGUCUCACCCACUGUUGAAGCCCCAAAGCCGAUUGUUGCUGAGCCUACUGCUGUUGCUGAAGAUGAGUCCAUGACCGAUCCCCGCACCCGAAACCUCAUUACCUUGGCCGAAAUGGGAUUCUUGAAUGACAGACUGAACGAGACCUUGUUGGACACGUACAAAGAAAACAUGCAAGAGGUUAUUGCUUCCUUGCUCACCAGACAGGGUGGAAGCUCCCGUUAAACUACGCGUUCAAUCAUUAGCACACUUACUUAUAAUAAUGGCAUUGAUAAAGGAGGCCUUUAGUUACAGAGAAUUAAAUAUGCUUAUGCCUUCCAUAGAAUUUUAGUUGUCUCAAGUGAUAACUCCCUCUCCACACUUUAUUUUAACCCUACUCUCAUUCAUAGCAGGUGCAUUGCAAUUUAUAUGUGAUCUUUAUGUCUUUACUAUUUUAUCAAACUCUAUAAUUGUACUGUCCAAUUAUAAUUGUGUUCUCUUAAACAAUUUUUAUUAGUUUUGGGGUAAAAAUAUUAAGUAACAAAGAAAAAUAUAUUUAAAGCAGUUUAACAAAGCUGUUUGAAUUCAUGUAUAUGGUUUCAGGAAAAAAUAAAUAUAGUAGUGUAUCACAUCAUUCAAA